AGUCCCAGGAUGCAUCACGAGUUUCCCUGACUACAGUCACCGGGGCGAGGGAGAGGGAGCUCUCGAAUGCGGAGCCGGACGGACGGACAAACGGAACGGCGGCUGGAGGCCUGAGAACGCAGCCGCAGGGGAAGGGCCGUCCCGGGGCGCCUGGGAAGGAGACGAAGGGUCAUGGCCGAGGCGGCUCCUGCGCCGGUACCCAUUACAUUUGAUGAUGUAGCCAUGUAUUUCUCAGAACAAGAAUGGAGAACACUUGUUGAGUGGCAGAAAGAGCUCUAUAAGCAUGUGAUGAAAGCCAGCUAUGAAGCACUUAUCUUCCUUGACUAUUCAAAUUCCAAACCAGAUUUGAUAACUUUGAUUGAAAGGGGGGAGGAACCUUUCAUCAGAAAUCUAACGGAUUCACAGGAAACAAAAACUGCCAUCAAUUGCAAUGACUUGAGCCCUGAAGAACAGCUGUUUGGGGGACACCAGAGAUCUCUGCAUCCAAAAGAAGUGGAAGGCUUUUUAAGUAGCCUACAAAUUCAGAGUUCUUGUGAGCCCUUACAAGGCACAAUGGGAGAGAUUUCUGUUAUAUCUGACCAAGAAGCUUCCUCAAGAAACUUGUGCAGCAAAAACACAGGGCAUCUAAUUCCAGAAGGGCAUAGCACCCUGGAAUCAUCUUUCUAUGAGAAAAGUCCAGGUCACCAGCCACAGAAUCCCUUUGAUUGCCAGCAAAUGGCGCCAGGGCAGAGAGUGUUCUACCCCUGCUCUGUCUGUGGAAAAAGACUCUUUUCAAAGACCCACUGGGUAAAACACCAAAGACUGCAUGUGAGGACACAGUCACAGAAAUACUCGAGGAGUAGGAGGAAAAGCAGGAGGCCAUCCAAUCUCCAUUGGCAACCUAAGCUCUGUUGGGAGCAGAGGUGCUUCCAGUGCCGUAAGUGCAACAAGAGUUUUCGUCUGAAGCAGUACUUGCUCAGACACUUACUUGUGCACACAGAGAAGAGGCCCUUCCGGUGUCUGGAGUGUGAAAAGACAUAUCGCCAUAAGAGGAGUUUGAUCAACCACCAACUUGUGCACAGUGGAGAAAGACCAUUCCAUUGUCCCGAGUGUGAGAAGAGCUUCCGCCAGAAGAGCAACAUGAGGGCCCAUCAGCGUCGUUGCCACCACAGGGAGAGGCCCUUCUCUUGUGAAGAAUGUGGGAAGGGCUUUGCUGAGAAGUCUAAACUCACCAGCCACAGGAGAGUACACAGUGGGGAGAGGCCAUUCCAGUGUCCUGAGUGUAACAAGAGCUUCCACAUGAAAGGUGACAUGAAGGCUCACCAGCGCGCACACAGGAGGGACAGGCCAUUCUCUUGCAGUGAGUGUGGCAAGGGCUUCCUAGUAAAGUCUAAGCUCACCAACCACUUCAGAGUACAUACAGGAGAGAAGCCAUUCCAGUGUCUUGAGUGUGAGAAGAGUUUUCGGCUGAAGGGGAUGCUGAAGGUGCACCAGCGAGUGCACACUGGGGAGAGGCCAUUUUCUUGCAGGAAAUGUGGCAAGGGUUUCACCAAGCAGUGUAAGCUCACAGAACACAUUAGAGUACACAGUGGGGAAAAGCCAUUCCAGUGUCGGGAAUGUGGCAAGAGCUUCCGCCAAAAGGGGCAGCUGCUGAGGCACCAGCGCCUACACACAGGCCAGGUGCCCUUUGUGUGUCCUCACUGUGAGAAGACCUUCCAUCUGAAGGGUGACAUGAAGGCUCAUCAGCGUGCACACAGUAGGGAGAGGUCAUUCUCCUGCAGUGAGUGUGACAAGGACUUCACCCACCAGAGUAAACUCACUGAGCAUCUCAGGCUCCAUAGUGGGGAGAAGCCAUUCCAGUGCCCUGAAUGUGACAAGAGCUUUCGUCUCAAGGGUAUCUUGAAGGCCCACCAGUGCAUACACAGGGGAGAAAAGCCAUUCUCUUGUAGUGAGUGUGGCAAGAGCUUUACCAGGCAAUCGAAGCUCACUGAACACAGGAGAGUGCACAGUGGGGAAAAGCCUUUCUGGUGUCAGGAGUGUGGUAAGAGCUUCCGCCUGAAAGGGCAGUUGCUCAGCCACCACCGCCUACACACAGGGGAGAGACCGUUCCAGUGCCCUGAGUGUGAUAAGAGUUACCGUGUGAAGGCUGAUAUGAAGGCCCACCUGCGCUUACACAGUAGGGAGAGGCCAUUUUCCUGUGAUUGUGGUAAAGGCUUCACAAAACAGUCUAAACUCAUUGAACACAUUCGAACACACACAGGGGAGAAGCCCUUCCAGUGCGUGAAAUGUGAUAAGAGCUUCCGCCUGAAAGGGCAGCUGCUUAGCCAUCAGGGCCUUCACACAGGGGAGAGAGCUUUCCAUUGCCCCGAAUGUGACAAGAGUUUCCGACAAAAGGGACAUCUCAUUAGGCAUCAGCGCAUUCACAAGCCUGAGAGGCCAUUCUCUUGUGGAGAGUGUGGCAAAGGCUUCAUUUAUAAAUCUAAACUUGCCACUCACUUCAGAGUACACACCAAGGGUAAGUCCUGUGAUGUCCCAAGUGAAGCUGAAAGUACUCGCAAGCGUUUCCAUAUGUUUGCAUUAAUGGAGGCUGAUUGGAGUUGAGAGAGAUGUGGCAGAAUUGUGGCUGAAGUGAUGGAGGUGAUUGCCAUUUAUCUGUUCUGUUUCCUGCUUUCUGUGCUUAUCAAAGAUAUCUGUUGUGAGUUGCUUCUGCUCUCAGCUGUUAGAGUAUUGCUAUAAAUAUUUUGGUGUAUAAGAGGACUUCUUAUCAAUGACUCUCUUGGGAUAUAAGCCCAGUAAUGGAAUCUUGGGGUCAAAAGAUGUGGACAUUUUAGUCCCUUCAUUUGCAUUAUUCCAAAUCUUAUAGCACAGUGAUACUCCAUUACAUUUAUGUACCACAAUUUGAUAGGCAUCUGCUUUGUUUCCAACUUAGCUAUUACAAAAAGUACUGCUAUAAAUAUUUUGGAGUA